AUUUAGGUGCUACAGUAGAACCCAAUAAAGUAUCCUAUGACAGAGGAGCACAUCUGCCUGCUGCUUAGCUCUGUCUUUCUCUGGCCGCGGAUGUAAACGGGACUAGGCUCAGACAUCAAAUGUCAUUUGUAACAGAAGAGGCGCCGCCGAAGGGGACGGGACUGACUCAGAAGACAUCCACACGAGCAGGGAGAUGCUGACAGGACAGAGACUUUGUCAGUCAAAGUCCCACCAGGACUCAGUUCUCUCCGCUCUCAACCAGCAGAGGAAGGACGGCCUGCUGUGUGAUGUCACCCUGGUGGCCGGUGAGCAGAAGUUCCACGCCCAUAAGGCUGUCCUGGCAGCAUGCAGCGAUUAUUUCAGGGCCAUGUUCAGCUUGUGCAUGGUGGAAAGUGAAGCAGACGAAGUGACACUGCAAGGAGUGACCAGCGUUGGUCUGAAGCAUGCUUUGGAUUUUGCCUAUACUGGACAGAUUCUGCUGGAGCCGGCGGUGAUCCAGGACGUCCUGUCGGCAGGCAGCCACCUGCAGCUGCUGGAGCUGCUCAGCCUCUGCUCUCACUACCUCAUCCAGGAAUUGGGCAGUGUGAACUACCUGGAGCUGUACCGUGUGGCUGACCUGUUCCACCUCCCCACCUUGGAGGAGGCAGUGGUGGGCUUCCUGGUGGAGCAUCUGUCUGAGCUGAGCCAGAGUCGGCAGGAUGAGGCCCUGCAGCUGCCCUACCGCCUCCUCAGGGAGGUGCUGAAGAGUGACCGCCUCACCUCACUGAGUGAGGAGGAGAUAUGGAAGUUGGUCGUUCUGUGGUUGGAACACGAUUGCCGUUACCAGUACACUGAGGACCUCCUGCAACACGUGCGCUAUGGCCUCAUGGACAUCCCUACUCUGCACCACCUCGCCAAUAGCCACCCCAUGGUUCAGUCCAGCCCUACUGCUGCCGCCCUGGUGGACGAGGCUUUGGACUACCACCACGCCGUAUUUGCACAGCCUCUGCGUCAGUCGGCUCGAACAAGACCGCGGUUUCAGUCCCUUACCCUAUACAUAGCUGGCGGGCGGAAGCGGGAAAUCAGCAGAGUCAGGGAGCUGCGCUACUUCAACCCAGCUGGGCAGGAUCACGUACGUGUGGCCGGUGGGUCCAACUGGAGCGAGCUGGCCCCAAUGCCCACUGGUCGCAGCCACCACUGUGUGGCAGCGAUGGGGAACUUCCUGUUCGUGGUGGGUGGUGAGGUGGAGCAUGCCACUGGGAGGACGUGUGCAGUAAGGACUGCCUGUAGAUACGACCCCAGGGGUAACCGGUGGACAGACAUUGCCCCUAUGAAAGCCUGCAGAGAACACUUUGUUCUGGGAGCUCUGGGUCAGUACCUGUAUGCUGUGGGGGGCAGGAAUGAGCUACGGCAGGUGCUGCCUUCUGUGGAGUGCUACUGCCCCAAGAGGAACAAAUGGAUGUUUGUCCAGCCCUUUGACCGAUCACUGUCCUGCCACGCUGGCUGUGUGGCUGAUAACCUGCUCUGGAUCUCAGGUGGAGUGACUAAUACGGCUCAGUACCAGAAUCGACUAAUGGUUUAUGAUCCAGAACAGGACCAGUGGUUGGCUCGCAGUCCCAUGCUGCAGAGACGGGUGUACCAUGUGAUGGCGUCAGUCAGGAGGCAGCUCUACGUGCUUGGCGGCAACGAUCUGGACUACAACAACGACCGCAUCCUGGUCCGGCACAUUGACUCUUACAACAUGGACCUGGACCAGUGGACACGCUGCUCCUUCAGCCUCCUCACGGGUCAAAACGAGUCUGGUAUCGCCGUUCACAACGACAGGAUCUAUGUGGUUGGAGGCUACUCCAUUUGGACCAAUGAGCCUCUGGCAUGCAUUCAGGUGCUGGAUGUGAGCACAGAGGGUAAAGAGGAGGUUUUCUACGGUCCAACGUUGCCAUUUGCCUCUAAUGGAAUAGCAGCAUGUUUCCUCCCUGCUCCUUACUUCACCUGCCCAAACCUCCAGACGCUCCAAGUCCCCCAUCACAGAAUUGGUGCUGUUUGAACCAUUAAUGCAUAAAGUGCCAGAAAUUAUGAACAACACAAAAGACAAAGAGAAACCUCAGUUACACUCUCAGAAGUCAGUAUUUUUUUAAAAAAAUGAAGCCGAUCUUAGUCAUCAUUGGAAAUCUUUCCCCUCUGCUGUAAGAGGACUGGGGAUUUCUUCACAACACUGUUGUAAUGAUAUGAUUUUGUCAGACCACAAAAGCCAUGUUAUUCUGCGGGCUUGUGGGAAAAUCCGACACAAGCAGCCGUGACAAUAAGACGGCGUUAGUCUUGUAUUUCCCUAAUGGCAGUUGCCAUUGGUGAUGCCCAGUAUAGAUGCUGUGUGAAAGUUAAGAAGAACUCUGUUGGGGCUUGAAGUCCCCGAGAACAAAGAAACAAAAUGUCAAUCCUAUUGAUGACGAAGUGACCUGUGGUGAAUCGCUGAGUUUUUGAGACAUUAUAGGGCUGUAGCAGUGUUUUUAUAGCUGGAAAAUACAUAAUAGUGACAUUAAACCACUAUAAUCACUCUGAUGUUUAGAAAAAUUGACUGCGUGGUUUUUCAAGAAAAUCCAUUCAUUUCCUCGCAUGAAUUUUAUAUUGUUUUAACAGGUUUGAAACACCUCAUGUUUCUGUUCAAAAAAAGUAAAUGAUACAGUUUUUGAGCAACAAUAAAGACAGACAGCACUUAUAAGAACCUGUGGAGGUAACUGUGGCUUUUCUAUUGUCCUCAGGACCAAUGACUGUUUUUGUUUCCGAUGUCUGAGCAUUGUCAUCACACUGGAAACAUCUACCGAAAAGUCUCCAAAGUGUGUGAAUGAAGUGUCAAUAAAACAUGCAUAAUGUG